AUCGUCGAGUGUAAAAUACAGUCAUGUCAAAACAGAGGAAAUUGUAAAGAUCUGAUUAAUGAUUAUGAAUGUAAUUGCAUAAACGGGUUUGAUGGAACAAAUUGCUCAAAUUAUAUUGAUGACUGCUCACCGGAUCCCUGUCAAAACAACGGAACCUGUACAGACCUGGUCAACGACUACCACUGCGAUUGUGUUCCUGGAUUUAAUGGGACAAACUGUGAAAACGAUAUCGAUGACUGCCAAGCAGAACCUUGUCAAAACAAUGGAACCUGUACAGACCUGGUCAACGACUACCAAUGUGUUUGUAUUGCAGGAUUCAAUGGGACAAAUUGUGAAAACAAUAUUGACGAGUGUUCCCAAGGUCCCUGUCAAAACAACGGAUCUUGUACAGACCUGGUCAACGACUACUAUUGCGAUUGUGUUCCUGGAUUCAACGGAACAAAUUGUGAAAACAUGAUCAAUGAGUGCUUGCCAGGUAUUUGUCUAAACAACGGAACUUGU